ACAGUUUCUAUAUUGUAGUUAUCGUAAAAAAGAAUGGCUUCAAGAAAGUUAGUACAUCUUUUUCUUUUAACGAUACUAUUUUCUCCAAUUAAAGGUGUCAAACUUAAUUACCUUAUUUGGCAACCUGGAGAUAGAAUAAUAUGCAAAUUGAAUGGUGUGGCAGGUUUUCUUGGUUUCAACCAUUAUAUGAUAGGAAGUGAUAAACCAAACUAUGUGAUAACUGUUCAAAAAGUUGGAGGAUAUGGAAAAAAAUCGUUAUUCUCAGCAAGUGGUACCAUUGCGGACAUACAUCAAGCAUAUCUUACCUCUGGCAUGAACAGAAAAAAAUGCAAGAACUUGGGAAAAGGACUGCUAUCUAGAGAAAGGACGAUACAACUUGCUCGAAGAAUGGUAGGAAUAAUUUUCAGAUAUAAUCUUCUCCGUUGUAAUUGUCAACAUUUUACAAAUUAUUGGACCAAUGGCUCUUCUGGAAAAUGGUAUAGAAAUCAAUCACUCCGUCCUUCAGCCGACUAUUGUCCAGUAUGAUAUGGGAAUUGUAUCAGGUGAGAUAAAAAAAAUGAGCAUUAAUUGAUCUGGAACUAUAGUUGUUAACUUGAUAACAUCCUAUGAUAAUUAAGUAGAAUGAAUUUAUGACAUAUUCUUGAAAUAAAAGCCUUUGGACUGAGUUA